AAUGGUGAGGUUUUGGGCAGCCAAACUAUAAUACAUGAACUUUAGUCUUUGGCACAAAGAGAAAUCGAGAUAUAUCAUCAUGAAGGAUUUUAGUACUGAUGUUUCUCACUUGUUUUUAAUAUUUAGCUUCAAUGGACAGAGAGAUGUUGUUCUUUCCUUUCAUGUUUCCCAUGCCUGUUUAAAACCAUGGAGUGCCAUAAUGGUUAUUCAUGAAACAAAUGAUGGGCAAAUAUUUGAUGCUUGGGAACAUGUAAAUUUUGAUGCUAUUCAGACUUCGCUUGAGGUUUUUAAAUGCUUAGAGGCUGAUGGUUUUCCUAUUAAAUAUGCACGUGUACCUAUACUGCUUUUGUUUUCAAUUGCCAGAUGGGCAGAGGAAGGACAACCACUGGCACUGUAAUAGCUUGUCUUUUGAAAC